CCAAAGUUUUGUGCCUCGCCACUCUCUCUCUCUCUCUCUCUCUCUCUCUCUUGCUUCCGUUGUACUUCACAGCAACUCCUCUCUACCAACCUCCUCAGAAACCUCUCUUUCCCUUUUCUUGUUCCAGACGUCCACGCUGAUCUCUCCACAAAAUAGUGUCCUGAAGCCUCUCAAGCAAAUCCUCUCUUUUCGGCAUAAUUUUUUCCAUUCGUUGCCCUCCUUUUUCUCUUUCGCUGAUCUGCUUCUUUGGCACUUCAUUCAAGCUUUAAGAGCGGAUGCUCCUCCAUAGGGAUUCUCGAAACUCUCGUCGCAAUCCCAAGAAGUCGUAAAGCGAGGAAUAGGAAAUUGAGCGAAGGACCCUGCAAAAGAAAAGAGAAAGGAAUGGCACCUUCCAGUUGUCCUCAACUCUUUCUGUUCUAUAUUUGCUUCCAAAAGUCCUUUUUCCUUCUCUCACGCUCUCCGUGGACUUAUGUGCUUGUUAGUUUCUCUUUUCCAAGGGUCUGAGAGAAGACUGAUUUGCUCGUUAUUGCCCCUUCUGCUUCUUCUUCGCCUUCUUGUUGCUUUGGUUUGGAGGCAGGUGAGGGAAUGGUGGGGAUUUCUGUUGGAAUGGUGAGGAGCUGCGGUGCUCUGCUCAAUGAGCUUAAGCACAUCAGGGAAGAGAUUGGGGAGAGUGAGGCAGACAAAGAACAAAUGCUGUUGGAGAUUGAAAAAGAGUGCUUGGAAAUAUACACGAGAAAGGUUGAUGAAGCCAGCAAGGCGAAGGCACAACUUCAUCAGUCUGUAACUGCCAAAGAAGCAGAGAUUGCAGCUCUUGUAGCCUCCCUUGGGGAACAUACAGUUCAUUCAACGAAAGACAAGAAAGCAGCAUCACUGAAGGAGCAACUAGCUUCUGUUACACCUAUUUUAGAAAAUCUAAGGAUAAAGAAAGAGGAGAGGAUAAAAAAUUUUGCUGAUGUGAGAUUACAGAUUGAGAAGAUCACUGCUGAGAUAAGGGAACGUGAACAUCAGCAUGAUGCUAUGACAAGUCUUGCCAUUGUAGAUGAACAUGAUCUCUCCAUGAGGAAGCUUAAUGAACAGCAUGAACAACUUCGUGAACUCCAGAAAGAGAAGUCUGAUCGCCUUCAUAAAGUUCUGGAAUAUGUAAACGAGGUGCAUUCUCUAUGUGGUGUGCUUGGACUGGAUUUUAGGAAGAUAGUAGUAGAAGUACACCCAAGUUUGCAUGAGACUAGUCCAGAGCAAUCUACAAAUAUUAGCAAUAAAACAUUGGAAGGUCUUGCUCUAGCUAUCCUAAAGCUAAAAGCAGAAAAGAAGAUUCAACUUCAGAAGCUGCGGGAAACUAUGAAAUCAUUGUUCGCGUUAUGGAAGUUAAUGGGUUCACCUGAACAAGAGAGAAAGCAUUUUGAAAGAUUAGCUUGCAUCCUUGAGUCACCAGAACAUGAAAUUACACACAGUGGUUUACUCUCGCAUAAAACAAUUGAGCAGGCAGAAGUUGAAGUCAAUAAGCUGACUAAACUAAAAGCUAGCAAAAUGAAAGAACUUGUCUUAAAGAGAAGGUUAGAACUGGAAGAGGAAUGUAGAAGAGCACAUAUUGAACCCGAUACAAGCAUGGCAACAGAGAAAACAGCUGCAUUGAUUGAUUCGGGGCUUGUAGAUCCUUCUGAACUUUUGGCCAAUAUCGAGGCACAAAUAGUGAAGGUAAAAGAAGAAUCCAUAAGUAGGAAAGAGAUUAUGGAUAGAAUAAGCAAAUGGCUUGCUACUUGUGAAGAAGAAAAUUGGCUUGAACAGUACAACCAGGAUGAGAACAGGUACAGUUGUGGAAGAGGUGGUCACAUAAACCUGAAACGUGCAGAGAAGGCAAGGAUCACUAUUAUCAAAAUUCCAGCUUUGGUGGACAAUCUUAUAAGUAAAACUUUUACCUGGGAAGAUGAGAAAAAUAAACCUUUUCUGUAUGAUGGGGUUCGUUUGGUAUCCAUGCUUGAGGAGUAUAAACUUACAAGGCAACAAAAGGAACAAGAGAAAAGAAGAGACAGGGAUCAGAAGAAGCUGCAAACUCUACUGCUCACAGAGAAAGAAGCAGUUUUUGGUUCCAAGCCAUUCCCAAAGAGGAGCAACAGCUUGAACAGAAAGCCAAGUGGGUAUAGUUUCAAUGGAAAAGGGAAUGGUUUCAUGACCCCUGUGCCACGACGGCUCUCGGCUGGAAGUGCGACCCCGGAGCUUCUCAUACCACGCUCAUAUUCCGGUCGCCAUAGUGGCUACUUCAAAGAGAUGAGGCGGUUGUCGACCACGCCACUAAACUUUAUUGCUCCACCCAAAGAUGAUUCCUUGUCCACAUUCACGUCUAUCAGUGGUUCAGAACCCGAGUCUCCAACUCUAACUUGAAGGUCACCGGGGCUUAAGACGUACGUUGGAUCUACAGCUCAACUCUUGGAGUUAGAGAAGAAGAGUGCUACUCUAGCUGUAGAAAGAACGUACACUAUGCUGCUACCAUAGGGCGUAACUGUUGUGCUGUAAUUUUACUGUGAUAGAAGAUGUUUGAGUGAGCUGACAUAUAGGUUGUAGAUAUUACCGAUUAACUUGGUGUUCGAUGUUCGUCUGAGGAGUGCCACAGUGCUACUUUAAUUGAGCUUGUUUUAUGUAAAUUAAGUUUGGAGUUUGGCAAAAUGUACUCAAUCUAGUAUCUUGUGCGAUUGGGAAUUUAACUGGUGAUGUGCAAUUUUAUCCCCUUUUCGUGC